UCCCACCCACAUGUACACACAGAAACACCUGCAGGACAACAUCACGCUCUGUAUUUGACUCCUUAACUGAGCAGUUGUUGGGAUUUGGAUGAAACAGUGAAGACCUGAAGCGCCUGAAGACCAGGGAUGCGGAUCCGCGUGGUCCAGAUCUGGGGCUUCUUGAUGACUGUGAUGGGGUGGAUCUUCGUGGCUUGCACCAUGGCCAUGGAAGGCUGGAAGAUCACCUCAGUGGGAGGAAUGGGAGGCUCCUCCAUUUUAAAGGUGGCCUGGUACUGGUCCAGUCUGUGGAGAUCUUGUUUUACAGAUUCGACUGCUGUUAGCAACUGCUACGACUACCCCGUGCUCUGGUCCGUUGAGGGCCACAUCCAGAUUGUGCGAGGCCUGCUGAUGGCUGCUCUCUCCCUGGGGAUGUUGGGCUUUGUGCUCAGCCUGAUGGGCAUGGAGUGCACCUUCAUUGGGGGAAAAGACAGGUCAAAAUAUAAGAAGAUUUACACUGGCGGUUGGUGCCACAUAAUCAGCGGUUUACUGUCCACAAGUGGAUAUGCUGUUUAUGCACAAUACGUGUCAGGAGAAUACUUCAACCCAAACUUUGAUGGACUAAAGUAUGACCUUGGUACCCCACUGUUCCUUGGGUGGGUCGGCUCUGCUUUUCAAAUGAGCGGUGGUGUCUUCUAUAUGUGGUCGGCUUGCAAGCCGCUCUGUGGACAAGAACAAACGGUAAUCAUCCGACCACUACCAGACCCAGAACAGGACCCUAAAACCAAGUCUACCACAGAGCUCUCCUCAGUGUCAGGAAUCACCUCCAAAACCAAAGUGUCUUCUGUUUCUGAGUUGUCAUCAGAACGCUCAGACUUGUCAGCCAUCUCCUCAGCAUCAACAUCUGGAAGCUCAGUCGAGUCCGAGCGCCCAUCGAGGACCAAAAGAACGGCCGCUUCUGCCGCAUCAGAGUCAGGUUCAGAGUCUGGCCUCUUGUCCAGGUCAAGUGUGUCAGCAUUGUCAGCGUCGAGUAGCGGAAGCAGUCGGGUGCCGUCGCUUUCAGGAAGCUCAAGGACUGAGAAAGCAUCCUUUCUGAAAAACUCGUACAUUUGAGGUCUCAGCAGAAAGGUCCACUGUCAGUGUUGUGUGAGUCCUGGAUGGUUUCAACGUAUUUGCUGCAUCCAAUCACAGUCAUUGUAUUUACAAAAAAGACAUACAAUGCAAUAAAUGAAGCAUGGUUGUUCUUGUAGUUUUGGUCUUGAUUGCUCUUGAAAAUAAAUCCAGAGUCACCAACACCACAGACAAGACUAAGUUAAAAUUCUUCCCAAAUACACAUUAACCAGCACAGGAAGCUUUCUAGUUAUUCCAGAAUCUGCACCUAUUCAACUGUAUUUCUUUAGAUUUUGUGCUUCCCACAAAAACGGUCUGUUUUAAUAUAUUCCACCCACGGCCCGCUUCCAGGCACGCCCCCACUCCGUUGUGGUUAGCCACAGUGCAUGGAAGGACCGCUAACUUUAUAAGAGUUGAUAUCAGGAACCAGGAAUUCCAACCACUUGUGCCUGAUGGUGGUGUCUUUAGGAAUUGUAAACAAAUGUGGCUUUCCCUUCCAAGGCAUCACUAGCAAUGUAAACAGAGAAGGAGAGCUUGGGGAAGGCAGGAAACAGAGCUUGGGGGAGGGCCACGCCACGCCCAUAUAAGGUCCGCUCCUCUGUGACAUCACAAAGGGGCAGUUUUACCACGCCUUCUGAAACCAAGCGUUUUGAGCCAUGCCAAAACAGAAUAUUCAAACACAUCAGCUUUGACUUUGGAAAACAGUUAUUGAUAUUUUAGUCUAUUUUCUAAUAUGGAACAAGCAGAAUCCUGCUUAUUAUUAUGAAUUAUUGAAUGAGAUUUCAUAUUAUUGAAUACUUUCCAUCACAUAUCUUCACGCGCUAAAUGUACUGCAAAAAAGGUCAGUAAGGAUAAUUCACAAUGCCACCUACAGAGAACAUACUAACUCCUUAUUUCUAAAAUCACAAAUACUUAAACUUGCUGAUAUAGUUCAUCUUCAAACAGCUAAAAUAAUGCAUAAGGCUAAAAAUAACCAAUUACCUAAAAUGUCAUCCAAUACUUCUCUACAAGAGAGGAGAAAUAUGAUCUCAGGGAAGAACUACAUUUGAAACACUUAUAUGCUAGGACUACGUUAAAAAGCCAUAGCAUUUCAGUAUGUGGAAUCAAACUAUGGAAUGGAUUGAGUAAGGACCUCAAACAAUGCACAACGAUGAGCCAAUUCAAGAAACAAUACAAGCAGUUGAUGUUUGCUAAAUACAAGGAUGAAGAGUCUUGAACCAGUCAUGAUGUGCUAUAUAUAUCACUAUAUUGACACUUACUAUGGUACCCAUUAUGUCAUUGUAUGGUCAUAUCACCUCGUACUUUGGUACGAGGUGCAUUAUUUAAAAAAAAAACCUUAAACUGUAUUAUGGAAAGCAGGAAGUGAACAAAUGUAACAGUUACUGAUUGUAAAAGUACCAGAUGGCGGGGUAGGAUUUAAUAAGCUUUGCUUCUUCCUACUCCUUUUGGA